AUGCACUACAGUAAAGAAGUGACCAGAGCACAGAGGAAGGAGAGGUUUGUACUGAUGGGACCUGCUGUGCUGGGGAUCUUGGAGAGCAAGGACUGCUACACCUACUCCUGCAACCUUAGAGCGAAACGAUCCAGUUCCAAUCUGCUGGCCCGCAAGGGCGCCGCGCUCGCCGAGAUCCGCGCCGACCACGUCUUCAUCUACGAGGCGGCCGAGGCGGCUGAGGCGGCCGAGCCGGGCACCGUCAGCCGCCUGCUCGAGAAGUUUGGCCAGAGGCCGCGGGGCCGGCGGCGGCGCGGAGGGGAGGCGCUGCCCGGGCCCGCACCUGCACCCGCACCGGCGCCGGGCUCCCCGCCGGCGGCAUCGGGCUCCCCGCGGCCCGCACCGAGCUCCCCGCCGGCGGCAUCGGGCUCCCCGCGGCCCGCACCGAGCUCCCCACCGGCAGCAUCGGGCUCCCCGCGGCCCACACCGGGGUCCCCACCGGCUGCAUCAAGCUCCCCGCGGGCUGCACCGGGCUCCCCAUCGGCCACGGCGCCCAAGGUGGCGGCAGCGGCUGUUGCCCCGCAGCAGCCGCUGCCGCCGCCGAGCGCCGCUGGAGCGUCCCCGGUGCGGCCCACGGCUCCCCGCACAGCUGCCCCUCAAGGCAGCUGCUUCCUGCACAAGAUUGGCUCCAACUCCUUCACUGUGACCCCGCGGGGGCUGCCCCCCGGCAGCCGAGCCCCCGAGGCCGCCGCCAGCCGGACUCUGCCGCCCAAGGGGCCGCCAGUGCCAUCCGCCAGCGCUUCCCAUGCCAGAGCCAACGCCAGGAGGCCAAAGCCGGAGGAGGAGGGCGAAGCGGCCGUGUCGCCUGCGCCCAGUGCCACUCUGGUCCCCAGUGCCACCAGCUCGAGCCAGCCGCUUUCUGCCGCUGCCCCCAAGGUCGGGGGCUCCUUUGAGAUCCUGCCGGCCCCCAAGCCGGACUUGGCAGCCAUCCCUGCGCACGACCUGCAGGCGCAGGCCCUGGCCAAGCUGCGCCUCAACUCGCGCAACUCCUUCGUCUUCGUGCCGCGCCGGGAAGGGGCCCCUGCUCCACAGCCUGUGGCCCAGAGCACCGGAGCGGGGCCGGCCCCGCCACCCUCGGAGCGCAAGGUCCAGCAGGAACCUCCAAGGGCUCCCACUAAGGAGCAGGAAGAGCCCGUUGCCCCUCGGCCAGCGCCUCGCGAGCCGGUGGUGCCCGUGACUUACAUCGAUGACAUUGUGGAGCCGGACAGCGGGGAGCUUUCCCCCAGGGCUGCUGCUGCCACGAGGACGGGGACUGUGGCGGAGCAGCCUCGAGAAGCUGCCCCUGACCCGGGCAUGGAGUUUUCCUCCGUGCCUGUGUACAAGCCCCACGCCGUCCCUGCGGGCCACCAGCGAGGGGGCAGCACGUUCACUGUAGUGCCCAAAAGGAAGCCCGUCGCCCCGGGCUCGCAGGCUGCGACUGAGGCUGGCAGGCGGCUGCAGCGGGAGGAAGAUGAUGAGGAGGAGGAGGGCAAAGGAAAAGGCAAGGCUGUGGAGAACGCCGACGUGUCGCACACAGGGACCGCUCUUAAGAAGCGCUACCCCACUGUGAAUGAGAUUGAAGUGAUUGGUGGCUACCUGUCCCUGGAGAGGUCCUGCAUGAGCAAAACGGGCCGCCGGAAGAAGAUGAAGAUCUCUUUCAAUGAGACAAGUUUGCAGACCAUGUUUGAGUACCCUUCAGAGAGCUCGCUAGCAGAAGAGGAGGAGGACGAGGAGGAAGGACAUGCUUCGGAAACAGAGGAAGACAAGAGUUGCACCUUUUUCGUUCCAGUCCCAAAUAACACUUUGAAUCCCAGUACACCUAACUCAGCAGAUUUAUCCAGCUACACCCCAAAGCACUCCGUGAAGUUCAGCGACUGGCAGGAGCACAAGUAUGAGGAUGUGCCCAACGCAAAGGGACUCCUCCAAAAAGAAGCUGAUUCCGUUGGAAACCAAGUCAUGCUCACGCCAGCAGAGAAGGGAGGACUCUCGGACUUCAGCAGCGAGCCUGCGCUCUACUUCUGAGGGCCGCAUCUGCGGGGCUGCAGCAGCCGCUGCUGGGCGGAGGCGGGCAGUGCACCUUCCCGCGCACCCACACCAGCCUCCGGGGCCUUGCCCGCACACCGACGCGUAGGAUCCUGGUGCCAAGGGUGCACUAGAUGCCGUGCAGCAUCUCGGGAGAAUAUUUGCACUGGAUUCGGGGACCUAACUACUGUUUUUAAGGCGUAUGAUUUAUAUUCUGCCUGUGGCCUUGCGUAUUCCUUGUUCAAGAUCAGCUGCUGAGCAGACAAGCAUUUGAAGAACAGAUCUGUAAGCCCAGGAUGGACGUAGACUCUAUCAGGGCCUGGGUCCGCUUGUGCAGGCCCCGUACGGGCUCUGCGAGGGCUCUGAAACCCUUCUUGGAGCAGAGGCCACAGGGAAGUAGGGUCCUGGGGCUCGAGCACGGGAGUUCUGGGCAGCUAGCUGGAUUCACAGAAGCGGUUGUGAUUUGACAGCCAGGUUACAGCGGUUGUCAGGUUAUAAAACCACUGAAGGUUAGUUCCUUCUCGGAGUGUUUCUGCUUCAAGUUUCACUGAACAAACACGGAAUUUAUGUGCCAGUUAAGUUUGCGUGAAAGGAACUGAAUGCACUCUGUGGGAAGGGGAAUAAAUGCCUUGAGCUUGAGGUAUCAUUUUUGCACUAAUCCGUAAAGAAGCAUCCAGUCUGGGCUGAGGCUCUUGAACAUUCCCCUGGCCAUAGCUUUGAUUUGUCCCUGCCCAACCCUGGCAUCCAGUCUCCAGUAACUGCCCUUUGUGCUCAGUUUCCUAGUCGCUCUUGUUGCUUUGUUCUAGCACUAACGGGACCAGGGCCAAGGUAGAGCUGUCCUGGUUGCUGGGGAGACUUGCUUCAUGCCAAGCUCUUUUUGGUCCUCUCGUGGAAGGCACAGGAGGGCCAUCUCACUCCUUUCUUUUGCAGAACUUGAACAAGGAAUAUGCUGUUUUCUAGAUUUUUUUUAUAGUUCUAUUGUAAUUGUUUAAUGCAGCCAAUAUGCAAAGGAAUUUGCUAGAUUCUUCCACUCAAGUGUUCUACUACUGUAAACUCAGGGUCAAAAUUGCACUCUGGAAAAGACUGAACGCUGCUGCUGAUGUGAUUUGUAUUUCUGGGAUUAAAAGAGAUGCGGUUGGAAUAGAUAUGGCCUCUUUGGGCUUCCUGACGUUAGUGGUACCCAACUGUGUGGCUCUAUCCAAAGAACCAGGCUGGUAUCUUUGAUUACAUUUGACACUUUUAUUGGUUUGUCUAUUAUAUAGAGACAAGGAAUGUCUAGGCAAGCUGCUGCUGGUCUGUGACUGGGAAGUGCUCUGCUUACGCUUGUUCUGGUGCGUGUGGUAGAAGCAGGAGGAACUCUUGGUUUUUUUUCUGCUGGAACAUGCAGGCAGGGCUACAUGUUAGGACAUGUCUGGCCUUAGCUCUUCUCCCCUUCACCUGCCCUAGUGCACAAAUAUGUCUGAAAAACUUAUCCAAAAAAAAGUGACUGAACAGUUCUUAGAUGUUACUGGGGGAUAGACACAUGAAUGGACACACACACACACACACACGUUUUAUUCACCUCCUGCACUUGCUAAGACUUGUCCUUUUCAAGCUAAGCAGAGAUGAGUGACCUCCCAGGAGGAGCGUGAGACCGACAGUCUCUGGGUAAAGUUGCAGAACUGCAGUAUAAAGAGCAUGGCAGCGAGUCCCUGGUGCUAAAUCCUCUCCCACAAUGAAAUACUUUAGGAACAAGAAGCUGAGACUGGAGAACAAGGAAGAAUGCAGGACAAGUGACUUUCCAUGUUUAAGGGUAGAGCAAGGUAUCAAAUAUGUGGUGUUCAACACUGCCCAGAGCCAGCAGCUGUACGCGGAGCCGAGCAGGUCAGUGUAAAGGUUGUGCACAGCCCUUCUAGUAAAUACAAACCUCUUGUAUUACAGAAAAGUUCCAGGCUGUUUAAGACACCUCCACCUCUGCAGCUGCAGUGUAACAAAAUUGGAGGUGAUGAAGCAAAACCUGCAAGUACAGAAGUCAGGGAGGAACCGUCCAACUGUCCCCGACUUGGCUCUGCUGUAGCUCAAUGCAACCCCCCCACGCAGGUUGUUGCCCUCACCUCAGCCAACAGAACUGCUGCUUUCCUGCUCAGGGUGCUGCUGCUCAGAGAAAUCGCUCUGUGCCUGCAGCCUCCCUGGUCAGGACCAGCUCAGUAGAUACUCCGAAGUA